CUUAAUCUCGCGGACGCUGCUCGCCAUCACCACGAUGAUCACUCUAUCCCAUCACUGUUCACAGAGCUGGUUGUUUCCACGGACGCAGACUCCGAUUUCGCCCCUGACCAUUUCGGCGUUUCGCCUCCUUCCCCGUCCUCUGAAGAUGCUGUCUGGCUUGACAACCCUCGACACCUCGAGAUUGCGGAACAAGCAUUGAGGCUCACGCGGGAUGCGCGCCCUAAGGAAGCACGGCGACUCUUGGAGAGCGAGAACUUGAAAUGGGUCCGGGACAAAGACUUUUGGCUAUUCGGAGGUGGUCCGAAAGCCGAUACCGACACGGUGAGAUACCGUGCACCACGACAUGUUGAUACAGACCAAUGGGCUUGCAGUUGA